AUGCGUGAAGAUGGUUCGAGCCUCCCGAACCGGACGCCGAUGCAGAUGGAGGCGAAGCAUCAGCGGACUCUUCGGCGACGAAGGCGAGUAAAACUGAUCCCCAUGAUUGAAGAAGGUUCGAUGAACAACUCCGUGAAGCCACAAAAUGAUCCGAUGGCGAGCUAUGCAUCAGGAAGCGAUGUCUACGGGGACGGCUCGCUGCGACUUGAGAGUCGUCGGUUCACAUAUGAAGAGCUCAAGAUGAUAACGAACAACUUCCAGCGAGUACUCGGUCGAGGAGGGUUCGGGUACGUCUAUGAUGGUUUCCUAGAAGAUGGCACUCAGGUGGCAGUGAAAUUGCGCUCUCAGUCUUCCAAUCAAGGCGUUAAGGAGUUCCUCGCGGAGGCUCAUAUUUUGACCCGGAUUCACCACAAGAAUCUUGUCUCCAUGAUUGGUUACUGCAAUGACGGGGAGUACAUGGCACUUGUCUAUGAGUACAUGUCAGAAGGGACCCUGCAAGACCAUAUUGAAGGAAGAAAAAACAUCGAGGGAUGUUUACCCUGGAGACGGAGACUCCGAAUUGCACUUGAAUCUGCGCAAGGUGCACCCUUCAAUAUUUUGAAGUAUCUGCAUAAGGGAUGCAACCCACCCUUGAUUCAUAGGGAUGUGAAGGCCACAAACAUCCUCUUAAACACGAAGCUGGAGGCUAGGAUUGCCAACUUCGGACUGUCCAAGGCCUUCAAUAGUGAGAGUGACACCUAUGUGUCCACAAACACACUUGUGGGCAUGCCGGGAUAUGUCGAUCCUGAGUACCAAGCGACGAUGCAGCCAACAGCCAAGAGCGAUGUGUAUAGCUUUGGUGUUGUCCUUUUGGAGUUGAUUACAGGGAAGCCAGCCAUACCGCGGGAGGCAGAGCCAACUAGCAUCAUCCAGUGGGCAAGAAAACGGAUGGCACUAGGCAACAUUGAAAGUGUGGUUGAUGCGCGCAUGCGUGGAAUAUACGAUGUUAACAGUGUGUGGAAGGUGGCAGAUAUCGCACUAAAGUGCACCUCGUAUGCGUUGACGCAACGACCCACAAUGACAGAUGUUGUGGCACAGCUACAGGAGUGCAUCGAGCUCGAGGAGGGCCAUGCCAGUGGAGACGUGAAUGUCGAAUUACACACCACUGGUAGCGGGGGCAACCCGAAUCUGAGUUAUGGUUCUUAUGGAGGUGACCAGUCCGCUGAUAUAAGCCAGAGCAGCACCGCAUUUGACAUGGAAGAAAAUGCUAAGAGGGUACUUGCAAUGUCCAUGGGUCCUGUUGCACGUUAA